UUUUUUCUCUCUCCCUCUGCUCCCUGCCCCCUUCCCUGCCUCCCCUCCUGUUUAAUCAAAUUAGAAGUUUUGGAAGAACUGCCAGAAACAAGUGGGAAAACAGCACGACGUUUCUUCUUUAAUUUAACUUCCAUCCCUAAUGAGGAGUCUAUCACCUCAGCUGAACUCCAGAUUUUUCGGGAGCAGGUGCACGAAGCCUUUGAGAGCAACAGCAGCUACCAUCACCGUAUUAAUAUUUAUGAAAUUAUAAAACCAGCCACAGCCACCUCUAAGGACCUUGUCACAAGACUUUUGGACACCAGGUUGGUGCAUCAUAAUGCGAGUAAAUGGGAAAGUUUUGAUGUAACGCCAGCUGUUUUGAGGUGGAUUGCACACGGACAACCUAAUCAUGGGUUUGUGGUGGAGGUGGUUCACUUGGACAAAGAGAACAGUGCCUCCAAGAGGCACGUUAGGAUUAGCAGGUCUUUACAUCAGGACGAAGAUAGCUGGUCUCAGCUCAGGCCGUUGUUAGUGACGUUUGGGCAUGAUGGCAAGGGGCACCCGCUUCAUAAAAGAGAAAAGCGUCAAACGAAACACAAACAGCGUAAACGCCACAAAUACAGUUGCAAAAGGCAUCCGUUGUAUGUGGACUUCAAUGAUGUGGGGUGGAAUGACUGGAUUGUUGCCCCGCCGGGGUAUAGUGCCUUUUACUGCCAUGGGGAAUGUCCUUUUCCGCUGGCAGAUCACCUAAACUCAACAAACCAUGCCAUUGUUCAGACUUUGGUCAAUUCGGUGAAUUCCAAAAUCCCCAAGGCUUGCUGUGUGCCGACAGAACUGAGUGCUAUUUCAAUGCUCUACCUUGACGAGAACGAAAAAGUUGUACUAAAGAACUAUCAAGAUAUGGUUGUGGAGGGUUGUGGGUGCCGCUAACACAGCGAAUAUAUCGGACAAAUGAGGAAAAA